UAUAGAAAGGAACCAAAAAGAUUGUACAAAGUUUCUGCUUGUCAGGAAGAAGAAAAGUAUGCUUUUCUUCGAAGCUUAAAGAUACAAAAUCAGGCCUAACAUGCAAAGAAUACGUAAGUUUGCUUGUUAUCAAACCCCUAUUCACAGCCUAUAAUAAACCUUCCUUUCUUCCCAUAUAUGCUUCUUCAGAUAAACUCCAAAUCCAUGACAUUAUCAAUCACUUCUGCCGCUGCAAGUGCCACAACAGGUUUCCUCUAAAAGAAUGGAAAACUUGAUUAGGCAAAGCAGGUUAAGAUAUUCUGAUACAGGAAAGGAACACAAAGAAGAGAGCAGCAGUGCAAGAGACAGAAAAAUAUCACCUCAAAAAUCUCAAUCUUUCCAAGGAGAGAAAAAGAGAAGCGAGAGUUGGUUAAGAAGACAGUUUUCUAGACAAAUGAGUUGGGAUCGUGAUUUUACUGAAAAUAUACUUGCAUACACGACCGCGGUUGCAGCUGCUGCUUUCGCAGUUCAUUCACUUGAAGAAUCAAGAAUUUGGGAUCAGAACAAGACAGCAGCCUAUGGCCCUGAACAUGCACCCUCCACCAGGACGAAGGACGCGGCAGAAGUUCGAGGAAUUUUACGCAAACGUACUGUUUCAUUCUCAGAUCAAGAUGCCAGAAUGCCUGGAAAGGAAGUUGUCUCUGCACCAUCCUUUGAAAAAAAGCCAACUUUUGUUGAUUCUCUACCUGAAAAAUCAGUGCCUCGGAAGGCUGUUGAACCUUCCCAACCCAUGGAACCGACUCGAACAAGGAGCAAAGAGCCUGAACGUGUGGUGGAAACUCAAACAAGUAGUAAAAAGCCUGAAAUUGUGGUGCCGAAGCCCGAACUUCCACCCCCAACACCAUCCACACCUCAUCCAGUUGAAACCAAAGCACAGUAUUCGCCGGGACCUAGAGACACAAUGGCAGAUGCUUGGGAAAAAGCUGAAAUGGUUAGGAUUGAAGAAAGGUAUGAGAAGAUGAGAACCAGAAUUCAAACCUGGGAGUCUAAGAGGAUGGAAAAAGCAAGGCGACGACUAGAAAAGACAGAGAAUGAAUUAUCAGACAAGAAACGAAGAAAAGCCAAUGAGAGGUACCGGAGUGACAUUGCCAGAAUUCAAGAGAUAGCUGCAGGGGCAAGGGAACAGGCAAAGGACAAUCGAAGAAACGAAGAGUUCAAAGUGAAAGCUAAGGCAAACAAAAUCAGAGCAACUGGAAAGCUUCCACCAACAUGUCUCUGCUUUUAAUUUCCUUUCUAUAUCGAAAUAAAUGUGUAUAAAUGUACAGUUUACGACUGAUUAUUAAGAAACCAAA